AUGUCAAUCGACCUCAACUGGGACACCGUCACCGGCGGCCCCGACGGCCAAGAACUCGCCCACAAAAUCCGCGAUUUUAUUCACGAAAAGUUCCAGGCCGUCCCACUUCCGCGUUUCAUCAAGUCCGUCACCGUUCACGACUUUGAGUUUGGCUCCAUUCCUCCCGAGAUCGAGCUCAAGGAUAUCACCGACCCCCUUCCCGAUUUUUACGAAGAGCAACCCGGUAUAGACUCCUCGGAAGAAUCAGACUCGGAAGAAGAAGUCGCCUACGAAAAUGAAGGCGAAUACCUCGACGACCCAGUCGAGCAGCAGUACGGCAGGCUGAGAGGCGCCUCUGCCUCAGAAUCACGGCGAAGACUCACAGUAAACAGCAGUACCGGAAGCAGAAAUGGAAGUGGCCCCAAUUCAGGCAGAGUAGCUUACCUUCCACCGCACCUGAACCCACACUACAGCGGCGGCAGCGGCAACAACAGUUCACAGAGCCUGGACAGAGAUGGCAGAUAUUACCGGGACCCAAACACAGCAGGUCUCGGCGGUCCCGCCCACGGCACCAACCACCACCACGCCGACCUAGGCUCUCCCUUUCUCGGCGUGUCCACCCCCGGAAUCCCCGGCGGGACCUCCAACCUCAAUCUGCAUUACUUCACCUCGCAAUUCACCGCCGGCCUCUCCGGCACACAAACGCCUCUAGCCGCCGUAGCUGGCGCCGCCCACCAACGCGGCCCCUCAUGGAUUGCAGACCAACAACAACAGCAACAAAACAACAUACUACCAGGAGCAGGAGGAGGAGGAGCAGGAGGAAUGGGAGGACCAGUAGCAGCAGCAGCAGCAGCAGCAGCAACAACCCAAGGUCUUCACAGCUCAUCCACGCCCAAUCUCCGGCUUCACUUCCCGGGAGUUGGAACUGGCAAAAACGCACCGGGACCCAGCCCCCUCACCGGCACCAGCACCCCAUUAGGUACCUUGGGGACCGCCGGCGGCGUGGGAGGCAUUGGUCGCGGAAUGGGCAUGGCGGGCAUGGGAAGCAUGGCAAGCAUGGGCUACCCGCCGACUGCUCCUGUGCUAGCCAUCCCGACGGGUCCGAGACACAAGAGAAAUCCUUCUUCGCAGAGCUUGAACUCUGUGGGCGAUUAUAGCCCGGUUGCGCCGGCGCCGGCGGAGAGACAAGGGUUAUUCUCGGCAGCUGCUGCUUCGCCACCGUCGUCUACGCCAUCGCCGGCAGUGGGACUGGGGAUUGGGGGAAGGGGAAUUGGGGCGGCUGGUGCUGGUGCUGGUGCACUAGCGACGAGUGGACCGAGACUACAGAUUCCCAAGCAAGGGCUGAGGGAGAAGCAUAGCGUUUCUACCUUGGCACCCAACUCGGCUGGGACAAGUAACAACCGGGCGGGGUCGGCCAUCUUGGAUGACGAUGACGGGUUCUUGGAUGGGAUGCAUGAUCAUCGGGACCACCCGGCUCAACAGCUGGAGCCUGAGGAAGAUGAAGAGGAGGAAGAGGAAGGGGAAGAAGAAAGGCAACGGUUUCGGGAACCAAGGGUGGAAGACAUCCAAGCUGUGUUCCGCAUCAAAUACGCUGGCGAUGUCAAGCUCUUGCUGACGGCUGACAUCCUGUUGGAUUACCCCAUGCCCAGCUUUGUGGGGAUUCCGGUGCGGUUGAGCAUCACGGGACUCACGUUCGAUGGCGUGGGAGUGGUGGCGAAUAUCAGGAAGAGAGUGCAUUUCUGCUUUUUGAGCCCUGAAGAUGCUGUGGCUGCUGUGGGUGGGGAGGAGAACAAGGCUGCUGGGAGCGGGAAUGGUUCUGGGAUAGGAGGCAGCGACGGGGCAAAGACAAAGAUGGGUGGGCUGUUGCAGGAAAUCCGCGUCGAAAGUGAGAUUGGGCAGAGAGAAAGCGGUAAGCAGAGCUUGAAGAACGUGGGUAAAGUGGAAAGGUUCGUGCUGGAGCAGGUGAGGAGGAUCUUUGAGGAGGAAUUUGUUUAUCCUAGCUUUUGGACGUUCUUGGUGUAG